AUGGAUAUCACCCCUCCGCCUACGGGAGCUUCCCAUGGCAGUCCCGAUGGCGACCGAAUGGCAGGGAUCACCAAUGGCGAAGGGAAUAAUGCUUUGAAUGCUCCCAACCCAGCUAUUGGCGCUGCAGCCGCAGCUCAGCAGCCCAAAGUCGUCCAGACUGCUUUCAUUCACAAGCUCUACAAUAUGCUAGAGGAUCCUAGCAUUCAGCAUCUCAUCUCUUGGUCGGGGACGAACGAUAGCUUCGUCAUGUCGCCAACGUCUGAAUUCUCCAAAGUCCUAGCAUCGUACUUCAAACACACCAAUAUAUCCUCGUUCGUUCGGCAGUUGAAUAUGUAUGGGUUUCACAAAGUGAGCGACGUAUUUCACACCGGUUCCCCAGACUCUGCACUCUGGGAAUUCAAACAUGGCAAUGGAAACUUCAAAAGAGGCGAUCUAGCGGGUUUGCGGGAGAUCAAGCGCCGCGCCUCAAGGCAUGCUUUGAUCCAUCGCGAUUCGUUCCCUGGCCACAAGGCCCCAGCUUCGCAACCUGGAACACCGGCCGAACCUGCACCUGAUGCGACCGAAGCGAGGUUCAUGAACCUCGAGCACACACUAUUCGAUAUGCAUGCUCGGUUGUCUCGGGCGGAAGAGGGCAACAUGGCGCUGAGCUCGAGAUGCCAGGCUAUGACGGAAAGUUUGUCAAAGUGCUAUCAAUGGACGCAUUCGAUUUCGCGCUUUCUCCAAGCUGUUGUGCCGGAUAGAGAAAGCCCUUUACAUCGCGAUGUCUCGAACAUGCAGAGAGAAGUCGAGAAACACAUCGAGAUGAUCCGCGCCCUCGAAACCCCCCACGAGAACCUCAUGCCUCCACGACAACCGUACUUUGCCAACAUGACCGAAGCCGGUCCACCUCUGUCUCCGCGCCAAAUGCCCCAGGACGACGCCCGUCGACAGUCCAUGAUGGACCACACACCCAGACCUCCCAACAUGAUUCGACCGCCCGUUCCUCCCCAUCUCUCAGUAUCCCCCCGCCGGUAUGGUUCAAUCAGCGGUGCCACACCCGCCUCCGCAUACGCUCGGCCACAACCUCCCGUUGCGCCGCCUCCACAACAACCAAUGCCGCAUCCUCUUUCCGUCUCAACAUCCCCAGGGCCCAACCUAGCCCGCCGUCACACAUCUGCGGACAUCCGGCAACACGGCUGGUCGCCAUCAGCUGGCGCUCCAUAUCCCCCUGGUAAUCCUCCCAGUGGGCCAUGGCCUCCCUCACCAGGGCACCGAACCCCGGUCUCAAGUGACCAACAAGUCCGCGACGUCCUCGCCCAAUACGAAAUGGGUGCUCCCCGGCGCCUCCAAGAACAAACCCGCCAAGCCACUCCACCCACCGCCGAACCAUCGCCGUCCAUGCUUGGUGUCGAUAAUGGCUGGACGCUUGGAUCCAGAUUCCCUCAUGGAUCCUCGUUGCCCGCAACUCGUCGCUCGAGCAUGGCGAGCAAUGUGCACUCGUUACUCAACCCUGCCGAUACUGCCGAAAGACCCGACGAGGACCAGGAGGCGAUGGCAGACGACCGGAAGCGCAAACGGCUGGAAUAA